AUGGGGGCACCCGAGGUGUUGAAGAGGCUGCGAAAACUGCGGUCGGAGAAAGGCGAGCUUGAUAGCGCCGAGUAUCUGGACCGACCCGUUCUUGCCCUAUUAUAUCGCGACUGCUACUAUCCAUUUGCUAACGCCGACAAGGUCGCUGACCGCCUAAUCAGUGCUAUCGACGAAGACACUCACCCUGCACAGAACCGGGAGGACGAGCGGGGCGUGACGCUGGGCCAGCUCAGCGAAUUUUUGCGGGUGCGCACAUCCGAGCUCGACAGAGUCUUCAGGUCUAUUCCAAAACGGUCGAAGGAGGGCAUCCAGCUCGACGAACUCCUUGCGUAUUUCGACAAGCACCACGUCCAGUACGACGAUAGCCAAGUCACUCUUCUUUAUCGCGCGCUGGAUCGCGACGGCGACGGCUACGUCUCUUUCGACGACUUCAGACACCAGCUCAUGCUGGUGCCCCGCCGAGCCAACGACCCCACUUUGUUCAGAGACGCCUACGCCUUUUUCGUCGACGACCUCGAGUUCUCGUCCGACUCUGACGUGACGUUGGCCGCUGAGUCCCAGCAUGGCCUCGGCUACUUCUGGGCCGGCGGUGUCGCCGGUGUGGUGAGCCGAACGUGCACCGCACCUUUCGACCGCAUCAAAGUGUACCUUAUUGCCCAAUCCGCAGCCGUGCCUAUGACCACAAUGCAGGCAAUCAAAGCCAUCUACGCCCGCGGCGGGCUCCGCGGCUUUUUUGUCGGCAAUGGCCUUAAUAUCAUGAAGGUGCUACCAGAGUCCGCUGUCAAAUUCGGCGGCUUCGAAAUGGCAAAACGCUGCUUCGCCCAUCUGGAGGGCGUCGAGGACCCGGCAGAUAUCUCCCGCAUCUCCACCUUCGUGGCCGGUGGUCUGGGUGGCAUGGUCGCCCAGCUAUGUGUCUACCCGAUCGAUACCUUGAAGUUUCGUGUACAGUGCGCCAAGCCCAUUGGCCCCGGCAGGAGCGUACUUGCAUCCACAUUGCACGAAAUGUGGGCAGCUAAUGGCUUGCAUACCUUUUACCGCGGUAUAACUGUCGGCGUGCUGGGUAUUUUCCCGUUUGCCGCCCUGGACCUGGGCAUUUUCUCGGUGCUCAAAUCCACAUACAUCAAAAGACAGUCUCACAGUGCCCAUAUCGAUCCCUCAGAUGUUCAAAUGAGUAACAUGGCUGUGCUCACAAUGGGCGCUAUCUCCGGUAGUAUAGGUGCCUCAGCAGUCUACCCCAUCAACUUGGUACGGACGCGCAUCCAGACCCAAGGUACUCCAGCCCACCCCUAUAUAUAUAAAGGCUUUGGUGACUGUUGUACUCAAACAUUCCGUCGCGACGGUUGGCGCGGGUUUUUCCGCGGGCUCGGACCCAACCUGGCCAAAGUCGCUCCUUCGGUUUCCAUUUCGUACCUGGUUUACGAGAACGCCAAGCAUUUCCUCGGCCUUGAUUAG